AUGGUGACCGUGUCCGCGGGGCUCACGCGCGCGCGCGCGAGCGCGUUCGCGACCGGGAACGGACGCGGACGAACGAUGCGAACGCUCGCGGGACGACGCGAUUCGAAUCGUGGAUGCGUCCGAGCGCGCGCGCGGGGGGGCGUGACGACGCGCGCGAAUCUGUUCCAAAGGUUCACGCGCGUGAUCUCGUCGUACGCGAACUCGUUGAUCACCGCGGCGGAGGAUCCGGAGAAGAUUCUGGAUCAGACGGUGAACGAGAUGCAGGGGGAUUUGAUCAAGAUGCGACAAGCCACGGCGCAGGUGAUGGCGUCGCAGAAACAGCUGGAGACGAAGUAUAAAGCGGCCAAGUCGGCGAGUGAUGAUUGGUAUAAACGCGCGCAGUUGGCGAUGGAGAAGGGGGACGAAGACCUGGCGAGAGAGGCGCUGACGAGACGCAAGUCGUACGAAGAGAACGCCGAGUCGAUGAAGGCCAACUUGGACGCGCAAAAGGACGCGGUGGAUAAGUUGAUCGCGAACACGCGCCUGUUGGAGGGUAAGAUGGCGGAAGCGAAGAGUAAGAAGGAUACGCUCAAGGCGCGCGCCGCGAGCGCGAAGACGAACAAGGCGGUGAGCGACAUGGUGAGCGGCGUGUCCACGUCCUCGGCGCUCGGCGCGUUCGAGCGCAUGGAGGAAAAGGUGCUCGGAAUGGAAGCCGAGGCCGAGGCCAUGGGCGUUUUCGCCGCCCCCGACGCGCUCGAGGCACAAUUUAAAGCCCUCGAAGCCGGCGGCGGGGUCGACGCCGAGCUCGAGGCGCUGAAGAAGUCCCUCCCGAGCGCGAGCGCCAAGGGCGCCCUCCCGAGCGGCCGACCCGUGAGCGAAGCCAUCGAGACCGAGCUCGACGCCCUGCGCAAGUCCAUGGACGACGACCGUCGAUGA